CACACCGCAGUGUUUUCUGGGAUGGGAACCACGCCGCCUGCGAGCCUCGGUGCUACGAGCGAAGCGCGGACCUUUCAACAAGAGCUUUAUUAAUUUUCACGCUGCGACCUAGGAAGGCUAUGGAGGUGGCUGCUAAUUGCUCUCUGCGCGUGAAGAGACCUCUGUUGGAUCCCCGCUUCGAGGGUUACAAGCUCUCCCUCGAGCCGCUGCCCUGUUACCAGCUGGAGCUUGACGCAGCUGUGGCAGAAGUAAAACUUCGAGAUGAUCAAUAUACACUGGAACACAUGCAUGCUUUUGGAAUGUAUAAUUACCUACACAGUGAUUCAUGGUAUCAAGACAGCGUCUACUACAUUGAUAACCUUGGAAGAGUUAUGAAUUUAACAGUGAUGCUGGAUACUGCUUUAGGAAAACCACGAGAGGUGUUUCGACUUCCCACAGAUUUGACAACAUACGACAAUCGCCUUUGUGCAUCUAUCCAUUUCACAUCUUCUACCUGGGUUACCUUGUCAGAUGGAACUGGACGAUUGUAUCUCAUUGGUACAGGUGAACGUGGAAAUAGUGCUUCUGAGAAAUGGGAGAUAACUACCUUACUUCUUCGAAUAGAGAAAGAAGAAUUGGAUAUGAAAGGAAGUGGAUUCUAUGUUUCUUUGGAGUGGGUCACUAUCAGUAAGAAAAAUAAAGACAGUAAAAAAUAUGAAAUCAUUAAGUGUGAUACUCUCCGUGGAAAGUCAGUGCCGCAUUAUGCUGCUAUUGAGCCUGAUGGGAAAGGUCUGAUGAUUGUCUCCUACAAGUCCUUCACAUUUGUACAUGUUGGUCAAGAUCUUGAAGAAAAUAAGAAUGACAACUUGUCUGAGAAAAUCAAAGAACCUCUGUAUUACUGGCAACAGACUGAAGAUGAUUUGACAGUAACAAUACAACUUCCAGAAGGCAGUUCUAAGGAGGACAUUCAAGUACAGUUUUUGCCUGAUCACAUCAACAUUGUGCUGAAGGGUCAGAGGUUUUUGGAAGGAAAUCUCUAUUCAUCUAUUGAUCAAGACAGCAGUACAUGGAUGAUUAAAGAUAAUAGCUUGGAGAUUUUCUUGACUAAAAAGAAUGAAGGACUAACAUGGCCAGAGCUAGUGGUUGGUGAUAAACAAGGAGAGUUUAUAAGAGACUCAGCCCAGUGUGCUGCUAUAGCUGAACGUUUGAUGCAUUUGACCUCUGAAGAACUGAAUCCAAAUCCAGAUAAAGAGAAACCUCCUUGUAAUGCUCAAGAGUUAGAAGAAUGUGAUAUUUUCUUUGAAGAGAGCUCCAGUUUAUGCAGAUUUGAUGGCAUUACAUUAAAAACUACUCAUGUGGUGAAUCUUGGAAGCAACCAGUACCUUUUCUCUGUCAUAGUGGAUCCUAAAGAAAUGCCCUGCUUCUGUUUACGCCAUGAUGUUGAUGCCCUCCUCUGGCAACCACACUCCAGCAAACAAGAUGAUAUGUGGGAGCACAUUGCAACUUUCAAUGCUUUAGGCUACGUCCAAGCAUCAAAGAGAGACAAAAAAUUUUUUGCUUGUGCUCCAAACUACUCGUAUGCAGCCCUGUGUGAGUGCCUUCGUCGAGUGUUCAUCUACCGCCAGCCCACUCCCAUGUCCACUGUACUUUACAACAGAAAGGAAGGUCGGCAAGUAGGGCAGGUUGCUAAGCAGCAAGUAGCAAGCCUAGAAACCAAUGAUCCUAUUUUAGGCUUUCAAGCAACAAAUGAGAGAUUAUUUGUUCUCACUACCAAAAACCUGUUUUUAAUAAAAGUAAAUACAGAGAAUUGAUCACCCCAACAUGUUGGCUUUUCUGUACUGAGAAAAGUAUUCAGUGGUAGCCAGAAAGCUUAGUAGUUAUACUAUAACCUGUUAAGUUUUACUAUGUUAAAUUAUCUUAUAAGAAUUUUUUAUUUUUUAAAGGAAAUUGGAAGUAUAUUCAAGAGAUUAUGAUUCUAUAAAAGCUAUGGAAUGAAGCUGCAAAUUUAGAGAAAAUUUACUUCUGUAAAAAAUGUAAAGUAUUAGAAUGAUUUUUUUAAAAACAGUCUGGAAUUUCAUCUUUUAUAUGAAAGAUGUACAAUUCAGUGUUUAAAAAUAAAAAUAUUUAUCACAUACUCUUUGUUCAUUGAUAGUUUCUUCUGUACCUAUAGAACUUUUGGAUUACAGUUAAACUGUUGGUUCUUGUAAAUACUCAUUUAAGUGGACUGAAUAGCUGAAGUAGAGGGGAGGAAAUAGAAGUACAGCAGGUCCAGUAUUGUUAAAGUUUGCUGAAAUACUAAGAUUUGGGUUUUUUUUCCAAAAAAUUUUUUCCAUUUAAUUUUUAUUCAUUUGCUCUUCCAACAGGCAUAGACAAAGAGAGAUGAUAAAGUUCCAUAAAGUGUAGCUCUUAUCCAUUGUUAUACAACAAACCACUUCAAAACUCAUUAAAACAAGACUAUUUGAAAAUCUAUGGUUCACUGAUGUGGCUGUCUCUGUUUUGCAUGGCUCCAGUAGGCUAGACUUGUCUUAUUCCUGUGAUAGAGCAGACAUUGCAAGAGGGCAAGACUGAUACACAAGAGCUUAUCAAGCCUGUGUUUCCAUCACAUUUGCUCUUCUUCCAUUGAACAAAGCAAGUCACAUGGUCAAGUCUAGAGUCAGUGUGAGAGGGACUGCACAGGAACACAGCAGGAGGUAUAUAAUUCAUUGGCACCAUUAAUGUGACAGGCUGUCACACAAAUUAUGAUUUAUCCUGGUAGUUUUCCUUAAACUUCUACAGUUAA